AUGUCACUCUGCAGCAUCUGUAACAAUCUUCAAGUCGAUGCUACAACAAACGAAUCACCUGAUGAGACGAAUUGGCCCGGCCCUGAUCGGGUCAAGACGUUUGAAUUGUAUGUUCCCAUGCAAGAAUGGCGUGAGUCGGCCGACGGAGGAUGCCCAACUUGCCGCUUGGUUUGGCACGCCUUACUCUACUUCCACGGCGAAUUGGCCUUGGAGCUUGCAGGGACGACCGUUGAUGAGGACGAAUCCGUGAAUAUCAGCCUCAGCGGCAUCCUCGGGGAGACGUUGCUGCUGUCAUUAUACCCGCUCCCCAAGGAGAAGCACUUCCCAGGACUGGAGUUCUUCACGUACAGCAGCCAGGCAACGUCUUGGCCGAUUAUCGGUCCGGCGGGAGACAUUGCGCCGUCUCUUGACCUCGAGCGCUGCCUCGAGCUUUGCAAACGCUGGAUUACUGCAUGCGAACAGGAGCAUCCUCAAUGCCAGUCAGACUGCGUGCAACCCCUUCCAACACGAGUUCUGGACCUUGGACAACCUGGCCGACCUGUCAAUGUACGUCUGUACGAGCCUCUUCGGAGCUCAAAGGCGUGUUACAUUGCUCUCAGCUACUAUUGGGGCAAAGUUCUCAAUCUGACAACCACAAGUUCAAACUUCGCGCAGCGGAAAGCUGGCAUCCCUUGGGACGGCCUCUCGGAAUCGUUGCGGCAUGCUAUCCUGAUACGUCGUAGUCUCGGGGUGCGCUACAUGUGGAUCGACGCCCUUUGCAUUAUCCAGGACUCGCCGUCAGACUGGGAGAAGGAGGCGGCGCGCAUGGCCGAUGUGUAUGAGAAUGCCUUCUUGACCAUCGCCACCGAUGCGGCUCGGGACCCAACCUGGGGCAUCCUCACCCCUCGGCAUCUGGAAAAGAUCUCUGCGCAAGACGCUACCGCCAAACCGGACAAGCCUCGAGGGAGGCGCAACUAUGAUGUGCUGAGUGUACCGGUCAAAGACGACACGGGAGCGGAAUGUAUCAUCCAAACGCUCUUCUGCGAAUGCGAUUGCAUUGAGCGCGAGUUUCAUGGACUAGAUGGGCACAAUGGUCCCAAAGUCUCGUAUGAGAGAGCCAUGGCUCGGCAACGACAAGAUCGCGAGGACAUGUCUAGACGAGAGGACAGCGACCGCGAUCUCGACCUAGCCAACCGCCCACGGAUGCUGGAAACGAUCAAGACUUGGGCGUUGAUCAUUGGUGGGUACACCGGGCGCGACCUGACGUUCGUUACGGACAAACUACCCGCCAUUGCAGGCCUGGCGCGGCGGUAUGCGGCGCAACGCGCAUUCCAACGGCGCUUCGCGCAGCGCGCGGCCGAGUACUGCGCGCCGACGUGGUCGUGGGCGUCUCUUACCACGCCUGUCAUCUGGGACUAUAGCCUCUACGACGCAGCCGCCCAGGUGGAGGUUCUCGACGCAACGACGAUCCCCCAGGGUCUGGACGGCUUUGGAAGGGUGAAGGGAGGCAGCCUCACAUUGACCGGAUACGUAAAGCGAGCAACACUGGACUUUGACGCCGGCACCAACACUGUCGUCGGCCUGAGCAACGGAAACGGUGACCGAAUCUUCUUUGUGCCGGACCAGAAUCCGCCCGACAACAACACGGGUGCCGACGGCCACGAUAUGUCGAGAGAUCCCGUGUCCAAGUCCGCUCAGCGAAGUGUAUCCUCCAUGAGCCACGGCGACGCCGUCGCGUGUCUGUGGGUGCUCCACAACGUGGCGACGGGGGCCGUUUAUGGACUCGUGCUUGCGGCGCCGGGGAAGACGUCCAUCGAGCGCUCAUUGCGCGAUCAUGCGGCGUCGGGGGCGGAGUUCGCUGCAUUCGAGCGCAUCGGCCUGAUUACCAGCAUGUCCCGGAAGUAUCAGAAAGACGAGAUAUCGGCACUAUCGUGGUUUUCGGGCGCGGAGAAGCAAGCCGUGACCAUUCUCUAA